AUGCGUUUCUCACAUCAACCAGAGCCUCAACCGCCGAUUUUGCGCCAGAAUAACUCCCCCAGUCUGAUCUACAACUUUUCAUCUGGAUUUGAAUCAAUUGACGACGAAAUGGAUUCCCUCAUUGAUUUAUCAGACCCCUCCAAGGCGCUGGACUUGUCUCGCAUCCGCUACCAGUUGAUCCGGCUCGAGGAUACAAUUACCUUCCACCUUAUCGAGCGAGCCCAGUUUGCUCUUAACAAAACCAUUUACGUUCCUGGCGCAUUGGACAUUCCCAACAGCAAGCUCAGCUUCAUGGACUGGUACUUGUGCGAACAGGAGAAGCUGCAGUCUAUUAUCCGCCGCUACGAGUCGCCCGACGAGUACCCUUUCUUCCCCGAAGCUCUCCAGAAGCAAAUCCUCAAGCCUCUGCACUAUCCUCGCAUCCUACAUCCCAACAACGUCAACGUCAACGACAAGAUCAAGAAGUUCUAUGUGGAUACUUUCCUCCCCGCACUCUGCCCCGAUUUCGGCCGAGAGGACCGCGGCGAAUCUCAGGAGAAUUACGGCUCGUCAGCCACCUGCGACAUUGCAUGCCUGCAGGCCCUUUCGCGCAGAAUACACUUUGGCAAGUUCGUCGCCGAGUCCAAAUUCCAGUCAGACCCGGAAAAAUACACCAAGCUCAUCAAGGCCGAGGAUCGCGAGGGCAUUGCUGAAGCCAUCACCAACGCCGCUGUUGAGAAGAAGGUCCUUGAGCGUCUCCGCCUGAAGUGCCUGACCUACGGCACCGACCCGUCGAUCGGUGCGGGCCCCGAAAACCAGGCCAAGAUUGAUGCCGACUCCGUCGUGGCCCUCUACAAGGAUUUCGUGAUCCCCCUUACCAAAGAAGUGGAGGUAGAGUACCUUAUGCAAAGGCUAGAGCCGGCAGAGUAG